UGCGGGUUUACGCGCUACCCGAUAUGAGAGAUCGACUAGUAGCACACAAGUAGCUAGUAGUACAAAAACACGUGUACGUUGAUGAAUUCCAAGUAUCGCCGUAUUUAUUAUAGGUUAAUCGUUGCGGAGAGAGCGUCGAGGAAAUUGUCGAGUGGAGCAAACCGUCCAGUAACAGCGGUGGCGGCGGUGGUGGUGGAAGGUGUCGCGUUAACGGACAUUCGCACGGGGAGGCGUACGCGCGCUGGCGUUUGCACGCGCGCGUGCGAAAGGAAACGCGAGCGCGAGAGCGAGAGCCGCGAGCGCGAGCGGCCAUUUUAGUGUGAGUAUGACGUAGAGAGGCUGGGUGUAACUUUGCCGUUCUUAUCGUUGUGCGCGAGAGAAAAGGAUAAUCGACUCUCGCUCGGCCAAGCGAGCGACCGAUGUCGAGGCCGGUGGCGAGCAGUUAGAUCCACGCGGCCAGGCGUUUUGUUUCAGCGCGGGUGAUGAAAGUCAGCUGUCCAGCUUGUCAUUGUCAUCUCACCGCGCACGUAAUCUCGUAACGACGCGCGCUUGUUGGCAGCGCUCGCGGGGCAGUCUCGGCGUGGCUGAGAGGGGAAAGUGUGCAAACGAGCCGAGGUAAGGCAAACGAACGAACGAACGAAUCUCUCGACGGGAGAUCCCAUCCCUAGGAGUAGCAAAAGCGCGUUCGCGGCGGCAGCAGCGACCGGGGAAAUGAGCGAGGAAAGUAAUCCGCGUACUCUGUACGUGGGCAACCUGGACGCUUCGGUGUCCGAGGAUCUUCUUUGCGCCCUCUUCUCACAGAUUGGCGCGGUAAAGGGAUGCAAGAUCAUCCGGGAGCCCGGGAACGAUCCGUAUGCCUUCGUCGAAUUCACGAAUCACCAGAGCGCGGCCACGGCGUUGGCCGCCAUGAACAAACGCUCGUUCCUCGACAAGGAGAUGAAGGUUAACUGGGCGACAAGUCCGGGUAAUCAACCGAAGCUUGAUACCAGUAACCAUCAUCACAUAUUCGUGGGCGAUCUGUCGCCGGAAAUCGAGACGCAAACCUUGAAGGAGGCCUUUGCGCCCUUCGGCGAGAUUAGCAAUUGCAGGAUCGUACGCGAUCCGCAAACGCUGAAGAGCAAAGGCUACGCCUUCGUGUCGUUUGUCAAGAAGUCGGAGGCCGAAGCGGCGAUUAAUGCGAUGAAUGGUCAAUGGUUGGGUUCGCGCAGCAUCAGGACGAAUUGGUCCACCAGGAAACCACCGCCGCCGAGAUCCGAGCGGCCACGACACUCGAACAAUAGUAAACCCAACUACGAAGAGGUAUAUAAUCAAAGUAGUCCUACCAAUUGCACUGUAUAUUGUGGAGGUUUCACAAAUGGCAUCACAGACGAGUUGAUAAAGAAAACAUUUUCCCCCUUUGGUACCAUCCAAGACAUAAGAGUGUUCAAAGACAAGGGAUAUGCUUUUAUUAAGUUUACAACUAAGGAAGCUGCAACGCACGCUAUUGAAUCGACGCAUAAUACUGAAAUCAACGGUAGCAUUGUCAAAUGUUUUUGGGGAAAGGAAAACGGUGAUCCAAACAGCGUCGGUCCUAACGCCAAUCAUCAAGCUCAACAGGUGACGGCAGGAGUAGGACAGUACGCGUACGGUUAUGGCCAACAGAUGGGUUAUUGGUAUCCACAGGGCUAUCCGCAGAUGCAGGGACAGUUCUUGCAACCUCAAUACUAUGGUCAAUAUUAUGGGCAACAGGCACAAUAUAUGAAUAGCAUGAGGAUGCCUGCACCAAGCGCGGGUGCCUGGCAGCCGACGCAAGCUACCGCCACACCUCCGACAGCGAGUGCCCCCUUGCCACCGGGCCAGCAGCCCACUAUGGUAACAUAUGCCACUAUGCCACAUCAGUACCCUACACAAUGAAAUUGAUCAUUGACCAGCUAAUUGUUACGUAUGAUAUAGUUGCCUCGGGGCUACUACGAAAAUCGUUCUGUCAUAUACCUAGAGCAACAUUUAUAUUUAAGUUUUCGGCGAUGUGUGUGUGUAUGGCUGUGUGUGUACGUGUAUGUGUGUGUGUUGUAGCACACAUACGGCAAUGCCGGUUCUGUGAACUAAAUAUAAUUUCGCUCGAAAUUAAACGUUCGCAAUGGAAAGCAAAGCAAAAAAAAACCAGAAAAAAAAUAAAAAUAUGAUAUGCCGGAAUCUUUUUUGACUCUAAAUGGAAGAUUUGUUCUGAAGGACAUUAUUUUUUUUCUACGUUCCCUUUCCGCUUCGCCCCCUCCUUCCCGUCAUAGAAGAACUUAAUGUAACGUUAAUUAUAUCGAGGUGUAAAUUUCUCGCGCAUUGAUGAUAUUUCGUGUACCGUUUCAUGUACCGUGUGCCAUCAUUGCGCGAUAUAACGUAAGGAUUUAAGUUUUACGAUUUUGUAUGCCGAUGUUGACCAGGUAUAUCUCCGAACUCUUCGUUGCGGCCCCUAAAAACUCAACCGAGCCCCGCACCCGUUGGGCUGCGCAAGCGCUGACGUGCGGCAAUUUUGCGUUGUUAAUACUGUUUUCAUAUUUUUGCCAUCGCGAGAGACAAUCCCCUUUUUGAAGAGGGGAGUUUUCCUUAUUUCAAUUUUGGAUCAUCGAUGAACGACACACGCGCGUUCAUUUGAAAAUGAAAAUAAAGCGCAUGAUAUUAAUACCGAACAUAGUUAAUAAGAUAGAAAAGCGUGAUUAGCUAGACACGGUGCCUGUGAUGUAUAGCUAGACUUGCGGAUGCGUGUACGCCAAGGCGUGUGCGGGGCUCUAACAAAUAAAACUCUGUACGCAAGAGUCGACUAACGAGUUACAAUUUUUCUCGUUAUGUGAUAUUUAUCGUCGGUGGUUGAUGUAUAAAACACUUUGCUAUAAGAGAGAGAUAAAAAGAUGAUUUUGCUAUAAACAUUAGUGAAUCGAGAUUUCCUUGUGUGAAUGCGAAUUUGAGCACACUAAUCGUUACGACGAUGUGCAUUAACGGCGUGUCGACCAACGCUCUCUCUAUGCUACGUUGCUUGCCUGUUUUCAAGCAUUAUGUUCUGUUCGUGGAAUGUUCAUGAUUAAUACGUUAUGCUUAUUAUAUCUUUAUGAGAAUCCUUGCCAUGAUUUUAAAAAGAAAAAAUAAACAUGAAUACAUAGAUCGCUCAUGAGUGUAUAACAGCAAGUACGAAGAGAUUGGUCAGAUAUCGCCAUCAACAUAUUCUAUCGUAGACUGUAAGUAAUUUAGUGAUUCUCCACCGUUUAUAUAAACGACCUAGCCGAUCGAAAAAAAUAAUAAAAAUAAAUGUAAUUUAAGUCUAACGGUAAUAGUAACAAUAAACACACGCAUAUACUUCCA